UAUUUGUCGGAGACAAUGCGCCAUUCAAGGGCAUCACGCAGCUUCUGAGGGUGAACAAUCUCGGCUGGAAAAUGUUCUCUACUAGUCACUCUGGCCGUUUGUCAUUUGCACUCGGCAUGAGAAUGUGAAUUGAGACGGGUUUUCCACUGAUUUUCCUUGAACACAGAAUCACAGAUUGAUUCCACUCGCGCGCGCAGUUCCGCAGUGACUGAGUGAGCGAAAUGAUCGCAUUUCUGCUGGCGAUUCUCCUGCUCGCGAUCUGCAUUGAGAUCUACUUCAGGACCAGGCCUGUGUAUUUGGAUGUCGCCCGCAAGAUCGAUGGACCGCCCGUGCAGCUCUUUUUCCUGGCCAUGAAGUUCCUCGCCUCGCUGACCAUGGAGACAACUUUCGGCCAUCUCAGACAGUACGCACAGACCUUCGGACAGACCUACAGAUUCUACGCCUUCGGGCGGCUCUCCAUCAACGUGAUCCGCGCCAAGGAAGUCGAGAUUUAUCUCUCAGGCAAUCGUCACAUGGACAAAGGGCAAUUCUACAAAUUCUUCUCGGCUUUCUUGGGUGAAGGAUUGCUGAUCAGCAAAGGCGACAAGUGGUCACAACGGAGGAAAAUCCUCACUCCUGCCUUCCACUUUAACAUCUUGCAGCAGUUUUUGCGUGUGUUUCACGAGGAGAGUGAAAAGCUCGUCGAUCUGCUCAAUUCGAUGAUUAGUACAAAGGGUGAGGAUGUGAAUUUGCCUCCAAUCACUUCGCGAUUCACCCUGAACACGAUCUGUGAGACAUCGAUGGGCGUCAAGUUGGACUCAAUGGAAGAGCCUGAUGAGUAUCGAAGGAAUAUUUACACCAUCGGCAAAUUACUGAUUUCACGAAUCCUCAAACCGUGGAUUUAUCUCGACCUGCCCUACAAAUUAUUGGGAUACAAGAGAGAAAUCGAUCGUCCGCUGAUUCCCAUUCACAACUUCACCAGGAAGAUCAUCAGGCAGCGAAGGCAGAGAUUCCACACGGAAGGAUCUGUGGAUUUCACUCACGGGGAGAAUAUCUAUGAGACGAAGAAACGGAGAUACGCGAUGCUGGACACUCUCUUGGCGGCUGAAGCUGAUGGAUUGAUCGAUACCGAGGGAAUCCGAGAAGAAGUGGACACUUUUAUGUUUGAGGGUCAUGACACAACCUCAGCUGCCCUGACCUUCAUCUUCCUCCUCCUGGCUCAUCAUCCGGAUGUGCAAGAGAGAGUUUUCCAAGAAAUUGAGUAUUUGGUGAAGGCAAAUCCGGGUGAAGUCCUGACCAUGGCUCAAUUAAGUGAGCUUUCUUACACGGAUCGCGUAAUUAAGGAGUGUCUUCGGCUUUAUCCGCCUGUUCCUCUUGUCUCUCGUGAGACUAGCGAGGAAUUCAUCUUGUUUAACUGUAAGAUUCCUAUCAGGACUAUGAGUCACAUCCACAUAUUUGAUUUGCAUCGUGAUCCUGAGCAAUUCCCAGAUCCCGAGCGCUUCGAUCCGGAUCGCUUUCUGCCUGAGAAUGUGGAGAACAGACAUCCUUUUGCCUACGUGCCGUUCAGCGCCGGUCCCAGGAAUUGUAUUGGGCAGAAGUUCGCACUUCUGGAGAUCAAGGCUGUUCUGCAGCACGUCCUGAUGGCGUUCAGGCUCUCGCCGGUGACGAAACGUGAAGAUGUUGUCUUCACUGCUGAUCUUGUUCUGCGAACUCGUGAUCCAGUACUAGUGAAAUUCAAUAGGAGAGUUGGAAAAUGCGUCAAUUGAAGCUUCUCUCAAUCUGGGAAUAUACUCUUGGCAUAGAUGUACAUACAAUGAAGAAUAAUAUAUUUUUGCUAUGAAGACGAAUCGAGUGCAUAUAAAUUUCAUUAUUAGCAUAUCUGAAGAGAGGAAAUUCUCAUCACCGUUGAAAGUCCAGUGAAAUGCAAGAAUGAGUUUCCAAAGAAGGCCAGGAGCUCAUCAAAUCCCAUUAAACUUUUCUCACUUUAUGACAAUUGAGCGAUGUUUAUGAUGGUGUCGAAGAAGUGCAGAAAUUCAAUAAUAAGGGAAUUUUGAAAGUGCCAGAA